UAUCAAGCCUCUUUGCUAUAUGCCACGUCCCUUCCACCCCCAAAAAGUUUCCCCAACAGCAAAAAAUUCUAACAAACACCAAAAACGAGUGUUUCUGCGUUUCGUUUCGAAUCUUAUCAUGGCAAUGAUUUUAUCAAAAUUUUACGUACAUUCUGAUUUUUAAUUUCUGUGGACUCUUUGCUUAAGCAUUGAACUGUUUGCAAUCAGUUCCUUUUGGAAUUUGUAAAACAAAUUUAUUUUUCCGUGCUUGUUAGGGCUUUAUAGAUCGAUUUUAUUUGCAAUUUCGUACGUCCGAGUGUUUUCCCAGGUGUUGUAUCUGUACUGCCUUCCGAUUCUAAAUUGACGAAGAGAUCUCCUGUAGAUUUGUGAAUCUCUGAAAUCUGAAUCAUGAUAUGGUGAAGGCAAAAGGACUCGCGGGUUAUUUUCUAAGAUUGCAUUAUGAAACCAACAUCACGAAAAAACCACCAAAUUAUGUUGAGAAAUGGAGGAUUUCGAUCGGAGACUGCAGCUGAAACAAUGUCGUUUCCGUUGAAAUUUUGGUGAAUUAGAGCUUCGAUUACAGGGAUUUAGGGUAAAGAUGGGGUGAUUUUAUGCAACCAAUCUCGAUGAAAUGAGAAGGGUAGAAUUAUGGAACCGAAAAGUAGAUUAAGAAUCCAAUGGACGCAAGAAAUUUAGGUAUUACUGUAGCUCUUUUCGUUGUGUUGGUGGCAGGUGUUUGUGAAGGUCGCAGAUUUCCAGACAAAUCUUCCUCUGGCCAUGGAGUCCAUUGGAGGGCUCAUGAUAUAGACGAAAAUAAGGAAGAUCAAGUUUCGUUAUUUUGUAGAAAACAGCUCAAAAAAAUUACACAAGCUAUCGAGUAUUUUACCCUUAAUUUACCAAACCCAACAAACUAUAUCACAAACUCUAAUGCAACAUCAAUAAGAAAAAUUCUUAUACAACAUAAAGCCAUUCUUAACCACCCUCCAACACUAAAUCAAUCUUUCCAUAGACCAAAUGCUCGAAUCCUCAAACCAAAGGGCCGUCGCCGGAAAAGACCGCCACGGCGGCGGCGGCGGAGGCGCCGCCGCCCACCAUGGCCACCAGAUCCAUCGCCAGCUCCAUCUCCAUCUUCACCCAGACCCAGUGCUCCUACUCCUAACAUGGCCCCAUCUCCAGCUGGGGAUGGAGAUGGGGCCCUGACUCCCGAUGGGGAUGGGGCCCCACUGCCUCCUGAAAGGGCCCCACCAACUCCAGGUAGGGCCCCAUCGAGUCCUGGUGGGGCCUCAUCUCCAACACCAACCCGUAAACCAUUUCCAAAACCUAAACCAUUACCUGAACGUGAACCUUUUCGAGAGCCUUCAUCCAAUUUUUCACCGGAAAAAGCCAGAAGGCCGCCGGAUUUGUUGCCGGAAGAUGAUAGCAAGGAGCGGAAGUUGCUGAUAAUUGCUGCAACUUCAACCACAGUGGCGGCAUUUGCUAUUUUCUCAUUGUUUUUGGUUUGCUUUCUUAGACUGAAAAAGCGGAGAAGGGGAGGUAAUAAUGAUGGAAGAGGGGAGGGGAGGAGGAAUCUUGCUAGUGGUUUUUCACUGAAAUCCAAGAAACUCAAAAGUACAAAGGACAUGGCUCAUGAUGUAUCCACCAAUGAUGCUUCAGUUCCCGAAGAUGAAGAAUCAGAAGUUGGAUCAUUCCCACUUCCACCUGUAAUAACCACUCCUCUACCACCUGAAUCACCUCCAACACCUCCACCACCGCCACCACCACCUUCACCUCUAGCCUCAAAAGCAACACCACCUCCACCACCUCCAAAGCCUCCUAAUGUCCCUAAUCCACCAAAGAAAAAGCCACCCCCACCUGCUCCAAUACCCAAAGAUGGAAAUGAUGAUGGUGAAGAUUCAGAUGCCAAUAAAACCAAAUUAAAACCGUUUUUCUGGGAUAAAGUGAAUGCUAACCCUAAUCGAGCCAUGGUUUGGCACGAUAUUAAAUCCGGAUCAUUCCAGUUCAAUGAAGAAAUGAUGGAAAGUCUGUUUGGUGCCUCGAGUGUUCAAAACAAGAAUGAGAAUGGAAAAAACCCAGCAAACCUACAAUCUCAACCCAAAUUGGUUCAAAUUAUUGAGCCCAAGAAAGCACAGAAUCUUGCCAUUCUAUUAAAAGCAUUGAAUGUUACUACUCAAGAAGUCUCUGAUGCUGUUAGGGAAGGUAACGAGCUUCCAGUAGAAUUCAUCUCAACUUUGUUGAAAAUGGCACCUACCCAAGAUGAAGAACUAAAACUCAGGACAUAUAAUGGCGAUGUUGCUCUUCUUGGCCCUUCAGAAAAGUUCCUUAAAGCAUUAGUUGAUAUCCCUUUUGCAUUCAAACGUCUUGAAGCUUUGAUGUUUAUGGCUUCCCUUCCCGAAGAAUAUUCUUCCGUUAAAGAAUCCUUCGCAACUUUAGAGGUAGCUUGCACGGUGCUAACAAACAGCCGACUCUUCCUGAAACUUCUAGAAGCGGUUCUUAAAACAGGCAACCGUAUGAAUGUGGGUACGUAUCGUGGUGGGGCCGAGGCGUUCAAACUAGACAACCUUUUAAAACUCUCCGAUGUCAAAGGAACAGACGGCAAAACCACACUCCUAUCCUUCGUAGUCCAAGAAAUGAUCCGGUCAGAAGGAACCAAAGCUGCCCGAAGAGCCCGGGCAAACCAAAGUUCAUCCAAAGACACUUCACAAUCACAACCAAGUAAAGAACCGCCCGAAAAUUACCGAAAAUUCGGUUUCGAAGUCGUUUCCAAGCUAAGUGAGGAGCUCGAGGACGUGAAAAAAGCCGCACUAAUUGACGGGGAUACCCUCACAUCAACGGUUUUGAAGUUAGGGCACAUGUUAAGGAGAACAAAAGACUUUUUAUAUAAUGAGAUGAAACAUGUGGAAGAAGAUACUGAGUUUCAGGUGUUUCUCACGGGGUUUGUGGAACGGGCGGAGGCUGAGAUCGGGUGGUUGUUGGAAGAGGAGAAGAGGAUAAUGGCGGUGGUGAAGAGCACGGGUGAUUAUUUCCAUGGGACAUCGAGGAAAGAUGAAGGUUUAAGGUUGUUUGUUAUUGUGCGUGAUUUCUUGCUACUUUUGGAUAGUGUUUGUAAUGAUAUUAAGAAAACGGCCGCUAUCCAAGCGAAGAAAAAACGGUCGGAUUCGGCGACUACUUCGAUGGAAGGGUCGUUUGGGCCAAAGGAUAUACGUGAUAAGUUGUUUCCGUAUAAUAAAGAUGGGCAAUUGGGGUAUUCGAGUUCGGAUGAAGAGAGUGAUUCUCCUAGUUUUUGAUCAAGAGAGAAGUAGAGGGGCUAAAUGUGAAGAAGAGAAAGUUGGAGGUUUUGUGUUGUAAAUAUCACAAGGGUGUGUUGUGUAGUGUAGAUAUCGUAUUUAAGAUGAUGAGGGCAUUUCCUUUUUGGUUUUGCUUCUAUUUGAACAAGCAAUAAGUGAUUUUUGAUGUGGGAGAUUUAAUGUAGGGAUUGAAUGUGAAUAAGAGGAAGUUGAAGGUCUUCAACUCGGUG